CAGAAAUUGCAGCAAAUGAAUGAAACACACUAUUCUGUUGCUGCUAUUUAAACAGAGGAAAAUAUUUACAGUAGGCUAGGUGUAUGCAGAUAGGAAAUUUAAAAAGCUGGAAAAUUUCGCCUUUUCAGUAUCAUUCGACGGUGUUUAUUGGUGUCUCUGUGAUGUACAGAUAAUGUUCACUUGCGUGUAACCACUGUAACUAUGCAUGCAAUACAAUAUUAAUCAAUCAAUAAAUGUGUGGAACUGAGAAAUGUGAAAAUAUGCCAUACGAUCGCUUUAUCGGGGUUUCUUCUGCGAUAUAAUGGAAUCCUAAUUUGUGUUUUCACAGCAGCUUAGGCACAUUAUAAACACAGUGUCAGAAAACACGUGCUGCUCUUACCCAAGGCGAGUGCCCAGGAGCUCCGCCCAUUCAUGAUGACGUUUCGUAAUUAAGUAGAAGUUAAGAUCAGAAUAGAAAGGAAGGUAUCGGUCAGUAUACAAGUGCUACUUGAAGGCAAUGGCGUAGAUAAGUGCUAAUCAAUAAAAACGAUGUAUCUUUGGCAUUUGAUAACACGUUAAACAGAGAUUCAGAGUGCGAGAGAGAGAGAGAGAGAGAGAGAGAGAGAGAGAGAGAGAGAGAGAGAGAGAGAGAGAGAGAGAGAGAGAGAGAGAGAGAGAGAGAUUGAGAGAUAAGAAGAGAAAAUAAAGGGCGAAGUGAGCCCUCGCCUUCCACCGAGAUCCAAGAUGGUAAUACAAUUUUAUUCAUCCUUCCCAAGAGGUAUUACGAUGGCCGCUGUGCAAGUGUUUACAAGCAACGCUGUGGUUUUCCCGGACGAGACCUGCGAAGCCGUCAUCGAAGUGAAAGGCGGAAGGAUUCAGCGCAUCGACCGCCACACCGCCGACAUAUCCGCUUAUUCAGACGACCAGGUCACCCGGUGCGGAGACCUGGUUCUGAUGGCGGGGGUCGUGGACUCGCACGUGCACGUGAACGAGCCCGGGCGUGCGGCGUGGGAGGGCUACGCGUCGGCCACGCGGGCGGCGGCGGCGGGCGGCAUCACGACCAUCGUUGACAUGCCCCUGAAUUCGAUCCCGCCGACCACGAGCAUGGCCGCGUGGACCGAGAAGAUGGAGGCGGCGAGGGGACAGUGCUGGGUCGACGUCGGGUUUUGGGGCGGGGUUGUGCCCGGAAACGCUUCCGAGCUGCGUGAAAUGGUCGACAACGGCAUAUGUGGAUUCAAGUGCUUCCUCAUCCACAGCGGAGUGGAUGAGUUCCCGAGUGUGGAUUAUGCGCAGGUGGAAGAGGCUCUCACACAGCUAUCGGAUACUUCUUCUGUUUUACUGUUCCAUGCUGAGUGUGACAUCGGGCCAUCUGUGACUGAUUUAGAUCCAUCUGAAAAGUACAGUACAUUUUUGAAGUCUCGGCCGCAAAGGAUGGAGGAAGUUGCAAUAGAACAGGUCAUAAGUCUCUCUGAGAAAACAAAGGUCCGGUGUCACAUCGUCCACUUAUCGGCCGGAAGAGCCUUGCCCAUGAUACGGUCUGCCCAGAGCCGCGGCGUCCCCUUGAGCGUUGAGACGUGCCAUCACUACCUCUCUCUUAAGGCUGACGAUAUCCCUGAUAAUGCCACGCAGUUUAAGUGUUGCCCGCCUAUCAGGGAGGGGGAUAAUCAGGAGCAGUUGUGGGAAGCAGUAAGAGACGGCACUAUCCAGCAGGUAGUAAGUGAUCAUUCUCCUUGCACUCCUGACCUGAAACUUCCCGGAAAGAUGAAUUUCAUGGAAGCCUGGGGUGGCAUUGCUUCUGUGCAGUUUGGUCUGUCCGUGUUCUGGACGGAGGCAAGCAGGCGGGGCUUCACUCUCCAAGACGUCGUGAAGCUCCUCUCCGUCGGUCCAGCUUCCCAAGCUUCUCUCGGCGACAGGAAAGGAGCUCUCAAGGAAGGCCAUGAUGCGGACUUCGUUAUCUGGGAUCCAUCGGAGACGUUCACCGUCCUCGAAUCAAUGAUUCAUCAUAAAAAUAAGAUCUCACCUUACGUUGGGAAAACCUUGAAAGGGAAAGUUCACAAAACCGUCCUCCGUGGCACUGUGAUCUAUGACAAGGACAGCUUCACGGAAUCGACACCUCGAGGCUCUUUUGUGUUUGCUUCAAGUAAAAAAUAAAAACACAAGUAUGUUGUAAGUUGAGGCACUUGCUUGCUUAUAACUUGAUGUGAUUUCUGAUUCGGUGUUUGUAACCUAGUGCGACCUGGUGUGAGCUUGCCUCUGCUGGAAAUGAAUCGACUUACGGGGAAAAUGUGGCUUGGCUCUCAUGUUUACAGACUCAGAAUUAAAUCUCUCGAACGAUUAGUAUCUAAAUUCGGCCGAUUGAGUUUUUUAUUCGAAUAUGUUUUCCUCCUUUAUCUAUCUUUAUGCAUUCCCCUUAAGUGAUUACUCAUUUUGAGAUAUUGGAGUCAUUCUGUAUACAAAAUGAAGGGCCUGUUAAUGAUAAAUAAGAAUCAUGUUUAUUUGUAUUUUUACAGUUACAAGCGGUCUUUAAAUGUGUUGGGAAGGAUGAUUAAAAGUUCUCCUAAGAGGUAUAUGAGACACAGAAGGUUCUUAACAAUAAUCUAGGGUGUGUUAAUAUACCAUGGCUGAAAAACAAUCCUGUGAUUUGAUAUUGUUAGAAUCUCUAUAAUUUUCAGAUUAUAUUUUAUUGUCAAAAACAAGUUCUUACUAUCGGUAAGUAAUGUACCAUUAAAAGGGUUAAGUGCCUAUACAGAACUAUCUAAUAUUUUAACAAGACUUAAAUUUGUAAAGCUAAGAAAUAAACCACUGAGGUGUCAAUAAACAUCUUGAUAAA